CUCUGUCGAGCUCAUGGAUAACAACAGUCUUUUGGAACGCUCGAUUUCUUCUGCGAAGUCUUUGAUUGGUCUCCAGCUGGUCUCGCGCAUCUUCACAUUCGUUCUCAAUCAAGGUCUAGUUCGUCUUGCAUCGCCUCAAGCCUAUGGAACUGUCGCUGUCCAAUUUGAGCUUUUCAUUAAUACCAUCCUGUUUCUAAGCCGGGAAGGCGUCAGAAACAGUCUCCUACGAGUUUGGCCUCAACAGGGAGCUGCGGGAAACAAUAGUAAAAAGACACUCCAGUUCGCUCAAUGUAGCAAUCUUGCUACCGUCCCUGCUAUGCUCGGCAUACCCGUUACGCUCCUUUCUGUCAUGGCAUACGGGUAUACCGCAAGCGAAGAUGUUCGCAGCCAGCCGCUCUUUCAGGUUGCACCAAUGCACAACCGUGCUAUGGGCGAAGCUCGAACCAGCGUUCGAGUCAGAGCAGAAGGACUAGGUAUUUCAAGCAAGACCGCGGUUACCUACCUCGCCCUCCUUCUCGACACUUACCUAGGCGAACAGAAAUUCACAUUGAUAGCAUUUGCUCUUGGUCAGAUCACGUAUUCCUCGAUCAUUUUUGUCAUUUACUUGCUGGAGAUGCCUGAUUCGCGACUUUUGCCGGUCCGGCUGUCGUUAACAUCGUCGCGAUCUCCCCCCAUACGUAGUCGUGGGUAUAGAUUGCUCGCAGACUUCUUCGACUUGAACGCACUUCCGCCUCUCUAUGACUAUGACGCUGCAUUCCUCGUUUCAUACUGGAGUCCACUCAGAGACCAGGGCGGUUAUGCGAUUGCUGUUAAUUACGGGUCUCUCAUAGCAAGGAUUGCUUUCCAGCCGAUUGAGGAAAUUUGUAGGGUUUAUUUCUCUCGGGUACUUUCGUUUCCGAGGGGCACCCCACGUGGUAGUGGAAACGACAUGUCUGCGGCGAGGCCGGCUCUCAAGCAGGCAUCCGAAGCUCUCGCGACAUUGCUUUCCAUUCAAGUGGUAUUCUCUGUGCUCGUCGUCACCUUUGGCUCCUUAUAUCUGCCCAUUGUCAUGCAAAUUCUGCUUCCUCAUCGAUAUCUCACAACGAGUGCUCCGCAAGUCCUCUUGGCGUGGAUAUGGUACAUCCCCUUCCUUUCCGUGAAUGGCGGGCUUGAGGCCUUUCACUCGAGCACCGCCUCUCCGGAAGACCUACGUGAGCAAAGCUGGUGGAUGUUCGCGUAUUCUGGGGUAUACAUUCUUGCUGCAAUCUCGUUCUACAAACUUGGAUUUGGCGAUGCGUCGCUAGUUUAUGCCAACAUCAUCAAUUUAUCAGCGCGUAUACUGUUUACCACGGCCUUCACCUUUCGUUACUUCACGAAACACCUGAAUUCCCCUCCGUUCGGCGUCGCAGACAUCUUCCCAGAUUGGCGGUUCCUAGGUGCCGUUGCUGUAUCCUGCACUGUCGUUUCUGUAAAUGAGAGUAGGCAGCGCAUCGUAGAGUUGUCUCGCGGUCGGACACUGUUUUCCGUGCCUGUGCUGUUACAUAUUCUUUUGGGUGCCAGUAUGGGGCUUCUAUGCGUUGCCGUUUGGUGGUUUACAACUGGGAGACGGGUGGUUGCCAAACUGAAAACUAAGACAGCGUAGAAAGAAUG